UUUUCUAUCCAAUACUACUAAUAAUAUGCAUAUAGUAGCAUCUGGGACAGAGAAUCAGGCAGUUUACUCUGGGCACCUUAUUCAUCCAAGCUACUCAAUACUGCCACCCUGUCACCAAGAAGUUAACUUGUCAUCAAGAAGUUAACAGAAGAUCCUUUUCUUUAUACUCCAGAUUUUAAAUAAUUGUUUUGUUUGUCUAAUUUACACUAUGUUUGUCAGGAAAUGAAUGUAGACAUGGUGAAUGUUGUUGCUAAGACAAUGCAAAUAUCUGCCAAAGGGAGAGGUGUAAAAAUUUGUUUUGCUUAUUUGUCAUAGUAAACUGACAUACUGUAUGUUCCUUACAGGAUAUACCAGAGGUAAAGGGAUAUUCAAAAUCAUGACAAAUAUUCCUAUAAACAUAUGAAGGAUUGGAAUGGAAAUUGAAUGAGUACUUUUGGGGGAUUUUAAUUUAGUUUCAUUCUUGAUUUAUUAACAUGCAUUCAAUACGACUUGUGAUAUAAUUUUUAUUUUAUUUAUUUUACCAUCUUUUGGCCACAUUAAAUGAAUAAAAACAAGGAGAUUGUGUAUUACAGCCAGCAUUUGAUACCAUGUCUUUCCAGCAGCGUCUACCAAUGUAAUACUUGGUUGGUUUCUAGCUCUUUGUUUUGAGUUUUUUUUUGUUCCUGGUUAUGUACUACAUUUACAUUUAAGUCAUUUAGCAUGUACUUUACAUAUGGCACGAACUGAAAGUACUGUGUGUUCAAAAUACAAUGCUAUUAUGCAAAUUGUCUGGCAAGGUAACUAAGGGAUGCUGGAUAUCAUGCUCUUGUGUGUGUCUGUUCCUAUGUGACUUUCAUACUUUUUGAUUCCAGACCAACUUUUUCUCGCUGGAGAUAUGGGCCCUGUUCUUAUCAGAACCCACAAGCUGAUAAUAAGAGACUAUUCUUUUUGUCCCAAAUGGUACACCGUUCCCUAUAGUGCACUACUUUUGACGAGGGCCCGUAGGGAUCUGGUCAAUAGUUGUGCACUAUGUAGGUAAUAGUGUGGUAUUUGGGACUUAUGAAUUCCUACAAUAAUAAACCUUGUUCCGGGUGAGCUGUUGAAUAGGCUAGUUAAUGAUAAAUAUAUCUUUCUCUCACAAUUUGCUUUGCACAAUAUUGUUUAUGCAAGGAGUGGUUUUGGACUCUUAAGCAGAGGGAACCAAGCUUGACAUACAGUAUAGAGAUGGAGAAGAGUGGUGUUCCUGAGUGUCUCACCCACUCUGAGGUAUUGGGUCAGCUGAGAAGAGAGCUGUCCCAUUCAUCUGACUUCCACAUCUUCAUCAUACUGGGAGCCUCAGGAGAUCUUGCCAAUAAGAAGAUUUAUCCUACUCUAUGGUGGCUGUUCAGAGAUGAGCUUCUCCCAGAAGAGACCCACUUUGUGGGCUUUGCUCGCUCCAAGCUGACUAUGGAUGACAUCAGGACAGCAUGUCUGCCACAUAUGAAGGUUGGUGAUGGUGAGAGUGAGCGCCUCGCUGCGUUCUUCAGUAGGAACUCUUACUUGAGCGGCAGGUAUGAUGAGGAGGACUCCUUCUCUGAGCUGAAUGCCCACCUGAGCUCCCUGACCACCAGCAGGGGGGCUGACCAUGCUAACUGUGUCUUUUACCUGGCACUGCCCCCCAGCGUCUACCAUCAUGUUAGCAAGAACAUCAGAGCCCACUGCAUGUGCCGCAAAGGUUGGAGCAGGGUGAUCGUGGAGAAGCCAUUUGGUCGUGACUUGCAGAGUUCUCAGGAGCUGUCGUCCCACUUCUCCUCCCUGUUCAGAGAAGACCAGAUCUACCGCAUAGACCACUACCUGGGCAAGGAGAUGGUGCAGAACCUCAUGGUCCUCAGGUUUGGGAACCGUAUCUUUGGUCCUAUCUGGAACAGGAACAGCGUGGCUUGUGUGGUUCUAACCUUUAAAGAACCAUUCGGUACACAGGGACGCGGAGGAUACUUUGAUGACUUUGGCAUCAUCCGUGAUGUCAUGCAGAACCACCUCCUCCAGAUGCUCUCUCUGGUUGCCAUGGAGAAGCCUGCCUCCACCAGCCCUGAUGACGUGAGAGAUGAGAAGGUGAAAGUGUUGAAAUGCAUCGCCCCAGUGCCUCGGUCUGAUGUGGUGCUGGGUCAGUACAUAGGGGACCCUGAGGGGGAGGGCCAUGCCAGACUGGGUUACCUAGAUGACCCCACCGUGCCCAACGGCUCCCAGACGCCUACCUUCGCCACCUCUGUGCUCUACGUACAGAAUGAGAGAUGGGAUGGUGUUCCGUUCGUCCUGCGUUGCGGUAAGGCACUCAACGAGCGUAAGGCGGAAGUGCGUCUCCAGUUCACGGAUGUUCCAGGGGACAUCUUUAAUGAGCAGUGCCAGAGGAAUGAGCUGGUGGUGAGGGUACAGCCUGAUGAGGCCAUCUACCUCAAGAUGAUGACCAAGAAGCCUGGAGCCUACUUCAGCCCUGAGGAGACUGAACUGGACCUUACCUACAGGAGCAGAUACAAGGACGUGAAGCUCCCAGAUGCAUAUGAGCGUCUGAUUCUGGAUGUGUUCUGUGGGAAUCCGAUGCACUUUGUCCGCAGUGAUGAGCUGCGAGAAGCCUGGAGGAUCUUCACUCCCCUCCUCCAUCACAUAGAGAGAGAGAAAACACCUCCUAUCCCUUACACCUAUGGAAGUCGUGGACCAAAUGAAGCGGAUGAGCUCGUGAGGAGGGUAGGAUUCCGCUACGAGGGAACAUACAAGUGGGUCAACCCCCACACUGCAUGACACUAGAAACACACACCAAUUACACUGUGUGAAAGUUCCCUUGUGUUUGCUACUCUCGACUCUUUCGAGGUGCUUAUUUAAGUCAUACUGCAUGAAAGAAAACGUUAUACUCGGCAUUUCUCACUAUCCUGAUAUUCCCUCGUCUCCUAUUUGAGUUGGCAUGGUAUCCUACUGUAUGUGCCGUAGCCAACUUGUCAUUUGGGCACGUGUUCGGCAUGACAACGACCACAGAGGAGUUGGUUAAAACACAAACCGUUCUGAACUACCAGGCGACAAAUCAGUAUUAUGAACAACACUUCUGAACUUGAUUAAUGCACUGUUUGAUUACAGCAUCACUAUCCAGAUUGAUUGUGACAAAAUAAAUCAUGAUAAUUUAUUGACUUCACUGUUUGAUUGAUUGAUUGACGAUGUCAAUUCCUGUGAGACUGUCGUCUAUAAGGCAUUGAGCAGCCUGAAGGGAGGAGGGAAGGUAAGAACCUCUUUACUAUCUUAUUAAAUCUAAGCUCGUGAAAAUCACUGACUUACAAAAUAAAUGAUCCUACUGGGAUAAUCAACUAAAAACCUCCAAAAUAUUAUAAACUUUCUCAACCUGACUAAUUAUAUUUCCAUCUACAGCAGCACAUUCCUGUGUAUCACUCAGUCCUAGCCUGGUCUGGUCUGAUCUGGUCUGGUCUGGCCUGGUCUGGCCUGGUCUGGUCUGGUCUGAUCUGGGCCUAAUUUAAGUUGCUCCGCUAGACUGGCUGUUGACUGAUGUUUCCUGUUUCUCU